AUGGGGAUGGGAUAUCAGUGGAAGGCUUCAGUCUUGCUAACAUGGCUUCUAGCUGCAAAGUCUGUGCAUUGCUAUCCAAGCCCGCUAGGCACCGCAGUUGAAGAGAUUUUGGAAAGAACAGUCACUCGACAUUCGACUGCUUUCAAGACCCAAUAUCCACCGCUAAAUUCUGAACAGAGAGUUCUUGAUCCCGACGCACGACCAUUCUACCGGGUUGCGUUGGAUAACGACGGUCAUCCUUCUGAGCUUCCAUUUCCGACACCGAUCUUGAUUGAUCCUUUCCUUGACGGCAGCAGUGGGUGGCCAACUCCGUCCGUCCCAACGGCGACUCAAAAGGCAGGAGAUCAUCCUGAAACCCAUGAAACGCCAGUCCAACCAGAGCAACAGCGAAUUGAUGCUUUGGCCGAUUCCCCCGUCAUGAACAACCAGGAUAUCUUCCACCCUGUUGCGACAGGUGGUCCAUUCGCGAGCAUCAAGUCCCGAAAUGACCAUCCAGUGGCUAAUGAACAUGCCGAUACCAAGACCCCGAUUGAGACCAACAAAUUUUAUGCAGGGUUUUUUCUCGGAUCUCAGACCAAUGCUAGCUUUACGCAGCCAUACUCCAUUGCAUGGUCGCGUGGAGGUGGCACUUUGAAGAGCUGGGGUAUGUCAAUCUCUCAUAUUGAACUCGGCGUUAUGGCGUUUGGCCCAAAGAGCCAGAAAAUCCCCGGGAGUCCAAUAGAGUACUACAUCAAUCCCGUUGGUCUUCAGCACAUGAUUCUCUCGGCUUCCGAACUGGAUGAUUCCAGUGUCCUUUCCGUAAAAGAAGGAAAGGCAUUCUCAGCCCAUGCUGUCCUGAAGUCAUCCACUCAUUCUGAAAAAUCUAUUACAUACCCUGUUGUGCAAGGUAUGGGCUAUGUGACGGCCAUUUACGAAGACAUGCAACCUAUCAUUGAGAGUGGUGUUUUCUUCCUGAAAGUUAUCAGUGCUGGUUCACCGAAGCAGGGUGUUUUCAAAUACCAGGUCACUCUUGAGGACAACACCAGCUGGGUCCUUUAUGCCGCACCAACUGAUGGCACAGAUCCUAAAUUUAAUCUCAAAUCAAACUCUAAGCUCGAGGGUCCUAAAGGAUUCUCGGGUACCAUCCAAGUUGCCAAAAAUUCUGCUGGUAAGGCUGGUGAGAAGUUUUAUGAUAACUCAGCCGGUGUUUAUCCAGUGGCUGGUGAGAUCACUGGCUCUGUGACUGGCGAUGUCGGCACUUAUAGCCUGAAGUGGACUAAGGCAGGUGUCCAUACCGAAGGCACUCCCCUUAUCAUGUUUGCCUUGCCUCAUCACGUCGAGUCCUUCGAUGAUAACACCACUGGACGUAUCACGAACAUACAAUUGCGUACUACUACUAAGGGUAAUGCCACCGCUGUCAUCGGAGAAACCUGGACUAUGACCGAGGAAAAUCUUCCUAUGGACAUGGGCUUCGCCCCAUGGUCAGCUACAGAGGGGAACGUGCACACCCUUUCCGAUGAUGUUCAAAGUGCUCUUGUUCAAAUCGCUCCUAUUGAAUUGCAGCAAGACAUAAAUGCCCAAACCGAUCUCAACAGCAUGUACUACAGUGGAAAGGCGCUCAGUAAAUUUGCGACUUUGGUCUACACAGUGAGCAAGCUUGGCAACAAUAAAGAUGUAGCUCAUGCAGCUUUCCUGGAGCUAAAGAGAUGCUUUGCUCGUUUUGUGCAAAACCAGCAGCAGUACCCGCUAGCUUACGACACGGUUUGGAAGGGAGUGGUUUCGACCGCUGGAUACGGCGGUGAUUUGGGCACUGAUUUCGGAAACACCGCUUAUAAUGACCACCACUUCCACUAUGCCUACUUCAUUCAGACUGCCGCUAUCAUUGGAGCUCUCGAUCCCUCUUGGAUACCCGCGAACAAGGAUUGGGUCAACACACUGCUCCGUGACGCUGGUAAUUCCGUUGCCGACGAUGCCUACUUCCCCUUUUCACGAUCUUUUGACUGGUUCAAUGGUCACUCAUGGGCCAAGGGCCUUUUUGAAUCAUAUGAUGGAAAGGACCAAGAAUCUACUUCAGAGGAUACCCUUUUCGCCUAUGCUGUCAAGAUGUGGGGUCGUACUAGUGGUGAUGCCAGUAUGGAAGCCCGAGGAAACAUGAUGCUGGGCAUUAUGCGUCGCUCGCUCGACAAUUAUUUCCUUUUGAAGGAUAGUAACAAGAACCAACCAGCUGAUUUUGUCAAAAACAAAGUCACUGGCAUUCUCUUCGAGAACAAAGUUGACCACACAACAUACUUCGGCGGCAAUCUAGAAUUCGUUCAAGGAAUCCACAUGUUGCCUCUCCUUCCUAAUUCAGCUUACACUCGCCAACGUGACUUUGUGGCCGAAGAAUGGAAAGCGAUGUUCGCAACUAAUGGCGCGGCACCUGCUGAUGAUGUUGAGGGUGGCUGGAAGGGUGUCCUCUAUGCCAACCUUGCCCUUAUCGAUCCCAAGGCAUCAUGGGACUUCUUCGCUCAGGAUGAUUUCGACUACAACUGGAUCGACGGAGGUGCAUCGAGAGUUUGGUACCUUGCCUAUGCCGCAGCGCUGGGUGGAGCUUCUUGA